UCAGUCCCGCCUGGUCCUUCUUCCCUCCUGUGCUGAGCCAUGCCGGGGCGACCGCGUGAAAAGGUCUCACCCUUGCUAUUGUUCUCUUAUGUGGCGCUGGCGCUCGUAGAACGUAGCGCUCUUGGACUCCGAAUAUCAUCAUGUGAUGUGUCCACAGCCCGAACAGCGGCUCGCCUUGGACCGUGGGGGGCAGCGGCACAUCAACACGGCGGCGGCAGAGUUAGCAACAGAAGAAGGGUCAGAGUUAUCGGGGGCGGGGUGCUGCGCAUGGCCAGGGACUUCUACGAGGCCAGUACUGGAGAUCCCGGAGACCGCGGACCAAUCAGAGAUCAAGAGAGCUUAUAGGCGGAAGGCUCUAAAGACUCACCCGGAUGUCAACGCGGCACCCACGGCGAAGGAAGAUUUCGCGGAGGUGGUGAAUGCCUACGAGGUGCUGUCGGACGAGAAGAAACGGGCGAGCUACAAUACGAAGCGUAAGUUUACCAACCCGUUCAGGCGCGGGGGGGGCGGAGGAGCCGGUGCCGCCGGCAGUGGGGGAGGGGGGGGGGCGGCUUCGUGGGGGAGCUCGACGUACAACGCGGCCAGGGAGGAAGCGGCUCGUCGCUGGAGGGAGCAGAACCCCACCCCGGAUGAGAUUGGUAAGGCUCGCCGAGACGCGGCGAGCUUUACAUGCGCAUGUACUUGGGUUUUCGUCGCUUGGCAACGACGUUGUAAACCAAGCCACUUCACUUCGUGA